AUGAGCCAAACUUCGAUUGAGCUGCGUCAAGACCCGGGCCGUGAAGAGGGCUUUGCUUCUUCGGGUCUUGACCUUACGAGCACUCACGAGAACGAAGCUUCUUCUCUUCCACCGGUUGAUGGCGGGAAGGAUGCGUGGUUGUUCUUGGCGGCUUCUUUUAUGGUUGAGGCUCUUACAUGGGGCUUCCCGUUCGCAUUCGGUGUAUUCCAAGAUUACUACAGUACCAAUGCCCCCUUUGAAGGAUCGUCAGCCAUCGCCGUCAUCGGUACUUGUGCCAUGGGUAUCAUGUAUCUCGGCCUCCCCUUCACAAUGAGCCUUCAACGUCUCUACCCAAGACAAAGCCGCUGGUCUCCGAUGAUCGGCCUCUUCAUCAUGUGCAUCGCCCUCGCCCUAAGCUCAUUCUCACAAAACACCACUCAUCUCAUCCUCACCCAAGGCGUUCUCUACGCCAUCGGUGGUUCCAUAUCAUACUGUCCUUGUAUCCUUUACAUGGACGAAUGGUUCGCCAAGCGUAAGGGGUUUGCGUUUGGAAUCAUGUGGUCUGGGACCGGUCUUGCGGGCUUUGCUUUACCACUUCUUUUUGAGAAAUUUCUGCAUGAAUAUGGGUUUCGCACCACCUUGAGGAUUUGGGCGGUUUCUUUGUUCUUGUUGACGUUGCCGUUGGCGUAUUUCAUCAAGCCGCGUUUGCCGUACUCUGCGACGAGGCAUAUUAAUCCUUUCAAGUUGGGCUUUGCGUUGAGACGAAACUUUUUGCUUCAUCAACUGGCUAACAUUGCCCAGGCUUUGGGCUUCUUCUUGCCUGGGAUCUAUCUCCCGUCGUACGCUCGGACUGCUCUUGGAGCCGGGUCUUUUGCGUCUGCUCUCACAGUUCUUCUUAUCAAUGUCGCUUCAGUCUUUGGCUGCGUUGCCAUGGGGGCACUUACAGAUCGACUACAUGUUACAGACUGCUUCAUGAUUUCAGCAGCCGGUACAACACUGAGCACAUUUCUCCUCUGGGGCUUCUCAACGAGCCUGCCCAUUCUGUAUGUCUUCUGCAUAUUCUACGGCAUCUUUGCAGGUUCAUACACAUCAGCCUGGACAGGCAUCAUGCAAAUGGUAUCAUCAACACCCUCCAACACUCGUACUAGCGGAACAUCAUUUGAUCCCGCCAUGGUACUAGGCGUCCUCUCAGCGGGACGGGGAAUAGGAAACAUAGCGUCCGGCCCAUUAAGUGGAGCGUUAAUAAAGGGGAUGCCGUGGCAGGGCCAAGCAGCAGGUGGAUACGGAACAGGAUAUGGCACGCUGAUUGUAUUUACCGGUGCCACGGCAUUGGCCAGUGGCGCCACAUUUAUCUUUAGAAGGGUUGGAUGGAUGUGA